GGGUGAGGGUGUGCAUUCACUCCCUCCCCUCACUCCUUGUAACACCCCCAACCAUGGUUAUACGCAGGAUUCUGAUGGCUGUGUGCCUGGUGAGUGUGGUGGUGGCCCGCCCGGACCGCCCAGCCCCCGCCGGCUACGGCUACCCCGUCCCCGACCAUCCCCUCGCCUACACCCCGCCCCCUCCAGAAUACAGGACCCCAGAACCAUCCUACAGGGCCCCCGAACCUACAUACGAGGCUCCUGCCCCAUCCUACAGGGCCCCCGAACCUUCGUACGAGGCUCCUGCACCAUCCUACAAGGCCCCUGAACCAACAUACUCCGCCCCAGCUACAUCCUACAAGGCCCCUGAACCAACAUACUCCGCUCCAGCCACAUCCUACAAGGCUCCUGAACCAACAUACUCCGCCCCAGCCACAUCCUACAAGGCCCCUGAACCAACAUACUCCGCCCCAGCUACAUCCUACAAGGCCCCUGAACCAACAUACUCCGCUCCAGCCACAUCCUACAAGGCCCCUGAACCAACAUACUCCGCCCCAGCCACAUCCUACAAGGCCCCUGAACCAACAUACUCCGCCCCAGCCACAUCCUACAAGGCCCCUGAACCAACAUACUCCGCCCCAGCCACAUCCUACAAGGCCCCUGAACCAACAUACUCCGCCCCAGCCACAUCCUACAAGGCCCCUGAACCAACAUACUCCGCCCCACACAAGGCCCCUGAACCAACAUACUCCGCCCCAGCCACAUCCUACAAGGCCCCUGAACCAACAUACUCCGCCCCAGCCACAUCCUACAAGGCUCCUGAACCAACAUACUCCGCUCCCGCCACAUCCUACAAGGCCCCUGAACCAACAUACUCCGCCCCAGCCACAUCCUACAAGGCUCCUGAACCAACAUACUCCGCCCCAGCCACAUCCUACAAGGCUCCUGAACCAACAUAUGAGAAGGGGAUGCCGUUCGACUUCGCGUACAACGUUGUGGAUCACUACAGCGGCAACGACUACGCCCACAACGCCAUCUCUGACGGUAGUGUUGUGAACGGUGAGUACCGCGUCGUGCUGCCUGAUGGCCGCACUCAGCUCGUCACCUACACGGCCGAUGACUACAACGGCUACGUGGCCGAGGUCACGUACGAGGGUGAGGCCCAGUACCCAGAGCCCCAGUCCUAUGGCACCCCUGCCCCAGCCCGGUCCUAUGGCACCCCUGCCCCAGCCCGGUCCUAUGGCACCCCUGCCCCAGCCCGGUCCUAUGGCACCCCUGCCCCAGCCUACAAUCCCCAUCCCCAACUUAUGGCACCCCAGCCCGACAUUCAAACCUCAUUGCAACUUAUAGCACCCCUGCCCCAACCUACGACACCUGCCCCCAUCCUACAGCCCCCUGCCCCCAUCCUGCAGCCCCCUGCCCCCAUCCUACAGCCCUCCUGCCCCAUCCUACAGCUCUCCUGCCAGGAUCACUGCACCAUGGAUCACCACAUUACACCAUACAGGCCAGGAUCACGGCACCAUGGAUCACCACAUUACACCAUACAGGCCAGGAUCACGGCACCAUGGAUCACCACAUUACACCAUACAGGCCAGAAUCACGGCACCAUGGAUCACCACAUUACCAUACAGGCCCCAGGAAUCACGGCACCAUGGAUCGCCACACUACACCGCCCAGACCAGGAUCACGGCACCGCCGGAUUACCACACUACAACAUACCAGACCAGGAUCACGGCACCAUGGAUCCACACAUUACACCAUACAGGCCAGGAUCACUGCACCAUGGAUCACCACAUUACACCAUACAGGCCAGGAUCACGGCACCAUGGAUCACCACAUUACACCAUACAGGCCAGGAUCACGGCACCAUGGAUCACCACAUUACACCAUACAGGCCAGGAUCACGGCACCAUGGAUCACCACACUACACCAUACAGACCAGGAUCACGGCACCAUGGAUUGCACUACACACCAUACAGGCCAGGAUCGGCACCAUGGUUACCACACUACACCGCCUGAGCCAGGAUCCGGCACCAUGGAUCACCACACUACACCGCCACGAACCGGGAUCACGCUGUGGAUCACCACACUACACUAUACAAAGACCGGGUUUAAGCACCAUGGAUCGCCACUACACCAUGCAGGCCAGGAUCACGGCACCGCCGGAUCGCCACACUACACCGCGUGGGAAUCACGGCACCAUGGAUUCUCACACUACACCAUACAGCCCAGGAUCACGGCACCAUGGAUCACCACAUUACACCAUACAGGCCAGGAUCACUGCACCAUGGAUCACCACAUUACACCAUACAGGCCAGGAUCACGGCACCAUGGAUUACCACACUACACCAUACAGACCAGGAUUACGGCACCAUGGAUCACCACAUUACACCAUACAGGCCAGGAUCACGGCACCAUGGAUCACCACAGUACACCAUACAGACCAGGAUUACGGCACCAUGGAUCAGUCACACCACCAAGGUUACCGAGAAGACCAUUUUAGAUCACAGACCGACCACAAGAGGGCCGGGCGUGGUCACCGUGCACAAGUGGGGCUAUAUAAGACACGCUCACUCUCACUUCUUCAGCAGACAGUCAUGAACUCUAAGGUAUACGUCAUCUGGUGUCUAGUGGGUGUGGUGGUGGCCCACCCGGACCGUCCAACCCCCGCUGGCUACGGCUACUCCGCCCCCGACCAUCCCCUCACCUACACCCCGCCCCCUCCAGCUUACAAGGCCCCAGAACCUACCUAUGAGGCCCCUACUCCAUCCUACAGGGCCCCUGCACCAUCCUACAAGGCCCCAGAACCUACCUAUGAGGCCCCUUCACCAUCCUACAAAGCCCCAGAACCUACCUAUAAGGCCCCUGCACCAUCCUACAAGGCCCCUACUCCAUCAUACAGGGCCCCUGCACCAUCCUACAAGGCCCCAGAACCUACCUAUAGGGCCCCUGCACCAUCCUACAAGGCCCCUACUCCAUCCUACAAAGCUCCUGCACCAUCCUACAAGGCUCCUGCACCGUCCUACGAAGCUCCGUCAUACGAAAAGGGGAUGCCGUUCGACUUCGUGUACAACGUUGUGGAUCACUACAGCGGCAACGACUACGCCCACAACGCCAUCUCUGACGGUAGUGUUGUGAACGGUGAGUACCGCGUCGUGCUGCCUGAUGGCCGCACUCAGCUCGUCACCUACACGGCCGAUGACUACAACGGCUACGUGGCCGAGGUCACGUACGAGGGUGAGGCCCAGUACCCAGAGCCCCAGUCCUAUGGCACCCCUGCCCCAGCCCGGUCCUAUGGCACCCCUGCCCCAGCCCGGUCCUAUGGCACCCUUGCCCCAGCCCGGUCCUAUGGCACCCCUGCCCCAGCCCGGUCCUAUGGCACCCCUGCCCCAGCCCGGUCCUAUGGCACUCCUGCCCCAGCCCGGUCCUAUGGCACCCCUGCCCCAGCCUACUCUGCCCAACACGGUCCUAUGGCACCCCUGCCCCAGCCCGGUCCUAUGGCACCCCUGCCCCAGCCCGGUCCUAUAGCACCCCUGCCCCAGCCUACUCUGCCCCAACACGGUCCUAUGGCACUCCUGCGCCCACUUAUGGCACCCCUUCGCCCACUUAUGGCACCCCUGCCCAGACUUAUGGCACCCCUGCCCAGACUUAUGAGAAACCGUCGUCACUUUAUGGCGCACCAAGCCACUAACUGGGAGGCCAUAAGGACCUGUACGUGUACUGUAAUUUAUUAGUUAUAAUCUGCUAGAAUAUAUGAAUCAACUUCCA